AUGUUUUCUUUGUCAUUCGAUUUGGGUCCGGCCUCGAGUGGGUAUAUACGAUUUACCGGCCUGGUAGUAAUUCGACCAUUUGGCAUGCGAAGUUUUACACUUCGGAUGGGUCCUGGUUGGCCGUUCAAUUGCUCAACCCGAGCCAUGAUCCAAGUAUUUCUCGGUUGCAUAGAGUCUUCUACCAAAACAACGUCCCCAACUUCAGGAGAUGAUUUGGUCUGAAGGCGUGGUCCGGCGUGAUUCCAUUUGGAAUUGUCACGGAGGAGCACCAAAUACUCUU